AUGGUCUCUGUACGCAAUGCUCCGCUCAAGGGGUCGCCCCUGACUAAAGAUGAGGACGAGAAGACCAAAUCCACCUCGGAGACGAAGGUCGAUGCCAACCCAACGAAAUCCAUGCAGUACGAGUCUGUCUUAAAGGGUAUCGCCUCGGGAGAGUUGCUCCCCCUUCCUAGAGACAUAAGCAUCCUCGGGCAAUUCUGGGUUGAUUGGUGCUUUGAGGCCUGCCCUGACGAUGAGCGCCGUGAUCUCGCUCAUGUGAGUUUGCGCCAAUCGUCGACGUUCCCUGCUCGCGCUGAUGAGUCACGUUUGGAGUACUAUGAUGACGACAGCAUCCAGUUUGAGUAUGACCUAGUUGUCCUCCCUAGCAAGAUGUGCCGGGACUCGAGGGUGAGCAACGAAGGCCCUCACGACGACAUCCGAUACAUCGAGGGCCCCGUCCCGUUCCACGCCCCCUACCAUGACACCAUCAUCGUCGCCGGCAAGAUUCUGUUGUCUCUCUUCCAGGACGACAUCUUCCAGCUCUCUACGUUCACCAACCUCUCUAUUGACGUGAUUACCUCCAUGAAUAUGGUGCUGCAAACGUACCGUGCUUGGAUGAAAGCAAGCCCGCCCCCUCCGUGGAUGUCUUCAAUUUGCGACGAAGGCUGCGACAAGAACGACGCCCCUUCACCUCUUCCGACGCCUACGUCUAGCGACUCAAGGUCCGAGAAGGAAGGCGUCGCUCCCUCGGACGGCUUGGUAAUCACGAUGGGCGCGCUUGCUAUGGAUGAGACAAGUCUGUCUGAGGCAGAGACGGACACGUCGACUUCUUCUGGGUGUCUGGAGGGGCGUGUGGCAUUCACCAUCGAGUCCGUCAACAACGGCGUUGCCACGCUCAAGGAGUCCAAGGAGUCCCGCCGUGCGCGCAAGGCUAGGAAGCGUUCGCGGAGACGGGGCGCCAAGGGUCGCUCCGCCGACGUCCAUCAUACCUCACUCUCGGCGACCUAA